CCAUCCUCAUCUUCACCAUCGCGGUGGACCUGCUGGGCAACCUCUUGGUCAUCCUGUCCGUGUACCGCAACAAGAAGCUGCGAAACGCGGGUGAACCUUGGACUUCAUUUUGUGCCCUGAGAGACUGUGGGUAGCCCAACAAAUCCUUGACACAAGGAAGAGAGCUUAGAAGAUCAAGUUAUAGCAAAAAUUCAGGGUUCUGAUAAAAACUGAGAUAUUGAUGGCAAUGAACAUUAUUUCAGAAAUUAAUAACUUCCAGUAUUAAAAAUGGAAAUGUGUUUGUUGUAAGCCUGGCAGUUGCAGACUUGAUAGUAGCUAUCUACCCUUAUCCACUGGUCCUCACAUCUGUGUUUCACAACGGAUGGAAACUGGGAUACCUACACUGCCAGAUUAGUGGCUUCUUGAUGGGCCUAAGUGUCAUUGGAUCAAUCUUCAAUAUUACAGGCAUCGCUAUCAAUCGGUACUGCUAUAUCUGCCACAGCCUCAAAUAUGACAAGCUGUACAGCGACAGGAAUUCACUGUGCUAUAUUGUCCUCAUUUGGGUCCUAACAUUUGUCGCUAUCGUGCCCAAUCUGUUUGUGGGAUCACUGCAGUACGACCCCAGGAUUUACUCCUGUACAUUUGCACAGUCUGUGAGCCCAGCAUAUACUAUAGCAGUUGUGUUUUUCCAUUUCCUGCUCCCCAUAGCCGUGGUUACUUUCUGUUACUUGCGAAUAUGGAUCCUCGUUAUCCAGGUAAGGCGAAGGGUUAAACCGGAUAACAACCCGAGGCUGAAACCACAUGACUUCAGAAACUUUGUAACCAUGUUUGUGGUAUUUGUACUGUUUGCAGUCUGCUGGGCUCCCUUGAACUUUAUAGGCAUUGCAGUGGCUGUCAACCCAAAAACUGUAAUCCCUAGGAUUCCAGAGUGGUUGUUUGUGUCUAGUUAUUACAUGGCAUAUUUCAACAGCUGCCUUAAUGCUAUAGUAUAUGGACUCCUGAACCAGAACUUCAGAAGAGAAUACAAGAGAAUUAUUGUCAGUUUUUGUACAGCAAAAGUUUUUUUCCAGGAUAGUUCUAAUGAUGCUGGAGACAGAAUGAGAAGCAAACCUUCUCCACUGAUUACAAACAACAAUCAAGUGAAGGUGGACUCUGUCUGAAAAUGGGAAUCUUACUAUUAUCACUCAACAGCAUCCAAAAAAAAAGUGUCCAUUUUAUUAGACCUCCUGUUAAAUGUCAUAGUGAAAUAUACCUUCUACACAGAAAGCACUUUGAUCAAAUCCCUCGCAUGAUGUUUGGAAGCUUGUUACAGAGCCUUGACAUAUAGAUCCUAUUAUACAAUGGUAUAUCCAUUGUAUAAUGACAUAGUGAUAUCCUUGAAGGAAUAAAAAGGUAUGAAUGACUACUUUUUUUUCUUAGAUGGAGAUAAGCACCUAGAAAGAGAUUGAAUCAGAAGUAUCCAUAUUGCCUGGUUCAGUAAAACAAAUCAUAAAACUAUUCCUGUCACUUUCCACAUGCUCUUUCUAUCCAUGUUACAGUCCUGAUUCUAAAAUCUCUGAAAACUUCUUAAAAAAAAGAAAGAAAUCAGACCUUUAUGAAAUAUAUUACAAGAUGUGAAGUCAAAAAUCAAGGUAACUGAAAAUUCAUUAGGCUUUUUAAAAAGUACCUCUAUCUAUAUUUCUUUGCUACUAACACGAAUAUAAUUUUUUGGAUAUUAAACCUCACCAGCCUUCCUAGAGAUGGCAUUCUCAAUUGACUUUUCAAUUUUAAAAUAGCUUUUAGCAGGAGAAACAAGCCUGAAUGAUUAUCUUCAAAGCUCCAAGGGCAGGAGGAUAAACAGCAAGGAAGGAAAAGAGCCAUGAUUCAUCAGUGCAAGCCAUUUCAGCAUAAAAAAGAGGUGUAGGAGGAUUGGGAGGAGAAAUUUAAAUUGCCAUUAUUUCUGAAGAGACGGUAACUCAUGAAAUCAGGAAGAGUCCCAGAGGAGUUUCUGGGGAAACACCUUCUAGAAACAUAAGUGAGGAAGAACUGUUUUAUCUCACUUGUAUACAAGGCAGAAGUUCUAAAUCUCUGUGAGAAAAAGAUUAAUGCGUUUAAUAGGAGUGAUAGUUGAGUAUGACAGUUUUGUCUGGUUAGUGGAAUCUUAAACCCAUGAAACACUGGAAAAUAAGACAUGUAUACAGAAUGAGUAUUUAACAUCUUUCUGAACUGAUCCCCUGAGAAUAACUUGAGGCUAGCAGUUAUUUUUUAAUCUGUCACAGAUAAAAUUUUCAAAUUAAUAAUUAGGUGUUUACACAGUUAUGAACAUAGUGUAAUAGCCUAGAAAUUAGACACCUUUAAAUAACAGAAAAGAGAAGAUACUACUUAUAACAGUGGUACAAAGAGGAACAUGUGAUUCUCAGGACUUUCCACAGACAGCAGGGACCUCUUCAGUAAGGGGAAGUACAGUGUGAAGUGAGGAAAAAUAGCAAGACAGGCUGUCUCCUGCAACAAUGAAUCUCUCUUUAUAAUGAAGUCCUCUGGCAGAGAAAAGUAAUUCACAACAAUAGGAUUCACCUUCAAAUUGACCUUAAAAAGAAAGAGCAUUUAGUUCCAGAAAGAAACUCCACCUGUCAUACCUUUUAAUGCUCAACUGUUUAUACCUACAGUGAUGUCCAAGUACACUUGGGCUUUUCCAAGCCAAUUCCAACAAUGUCAGUGGGACAAAGAGCUUCUGAAUAGCUAUCAGACUUUUGUUAAUCUAUGUUAACAUUUUACUUACACUGCUAUUUUAAAAUAUUAUUUACUUAACUGGAGAUUUUCGUUCAGAAAACAACCGUCAUUCUGUCAUAGAGCUCCUUAAGCUGCAUUUAAACCUAACAGCAUUCCUCUUUCUUGGAUCAUAGAUUAGUAUACCCUUGGUUUACUAAUGAACUAAAGGGAAUCAAUUCAUAUUUGCUUGAAAGCCCCACUGACACUUCAUCAUCUGACCAGUUUCUUACCUUAAAAACAGGUGCCUCAUGUCAAGUUAUCAACAGAACUAAAUAAACAACAUUGUAAAACCUUGGAUAUGAACUGGCAAGUCAAUGCAUUGCUGAGGUGCUUGACUCAUCUUUGUUUACAUUUUCCAGUCAGAACCACUGUGUAAAUAACCAGCUCUCUUCUAUUCUGGUAUCAUCAUAUGAUAUGAUACAACAUGAUUUACAGCAUAAAGUAUAUCACAGCUUUCUUCACUGUGAUUUCAUCCUUGGAGGAUGCUUAGCUCUGUAAUUUUAUUGCUUUGCGUGUAGUGAUUUUAGAAUAGCAAGGGAGGCAUGACCACCUUACAAGUAAAUGAGUUUUUAAUGCAAGAAAAAUACUAUUUAAGUUCUUACAAAAAUUGCCUUAUUAAAGCAUAUUUUCAAUGAAAAUAAUGUCUUAUUAUAUAUCUAUGAGAGUAGCAUAAAAACAGUUAAAGUAGUUUAAUUAUUACUAAGUUUAGAAUUCUCAAAGACCUUUCACUUUCCAUUUCCUACAGAAAAUGUACAUCUGUACCAUGUCUACAUAUUUAUGAGCUGGUUCAAGAUACUGUAUCCAAUAUGUGGGUUAUCUGAGGAAUUAAGGUCCCCUGUAAUUCGCAAGUGCUAAAAUAUAUUUUUGAUGACAAUGAAAAUGGUUUCCUAUAUACAACAGAACAUAUUAUACCAAAGGUAUAUAUUUUAUUGAAUAGGCCUGUAAUAAAAAUGGAGAGCAUUUUUCAGAUCUGUAUUUUGAAAUAUUUGUAUUAAAUCUAAAUCACAGAAAUGUGCAUGUUGGUGAUGUUAUGAGCUGCUAAAUAUAGCAAUAAUUUUAAGAAAUUUAUCUCUUGUUCUUCUUUGUGGGGAGAAUUGAUAAUUUUGUUUAAAUUCCUAUGGAUGAAAACUUUGGAUAUUAUCUACUGCCCUCUGAAGUAUGUUUUAGGUAACGAUUGCAAAAGUAGAAGAAUAAUGAAUGAUGCUUAACUCUGCAGUAAUGGUUACUUUUAAUUCCAGUCUAUUGCUUCAAAAAAGUCAAAGUGAUUAAUGCAAGACAAUCAGCAGCCUUGCCAGCUGCUCAAUGACAAUGAGCAUGACAAUGUAAGUCAGCCCCUCACAAGAUCUGAGUCUUUAUGGUCAACAUAAAAUGAAUGGUGAAAAUAAUAAUGAUUUCUGUCCAUUCUAAGGAGAUGCAGUUUGAAACAUCUGAGAUUGCUUGCUUCUGUGAAAGUGGAUGAGCUAUGGUAUGCUUUUUUAUAUUUCAAAUCAUUAAAUUUUCUCCUGUAUGAAAGGUUAGCAUAGCACAACUGCAUUGUUAAGAGUUCAGUCUGGGUGGUUGAGGUAGUGUACUCAUCCUGUAGCAGUCAUCAGUCCUGGAUAGAUUUAGUCCUAAAAUGUGAGUCUUACUCUGUGGCAUCUGAAAAUGCCCUUUCCAACUUCCCAUCCAUUUCUGAUCUGAGCUCCAGUGAAGCCAAAGGACCUCUGUGAAGGAGCAGUGAAGCACCUCUGUCCCCCUCCCUGUAUGCAACACACUUACAGCCUUAUUGAAUGCUACCUAAUCCUGCAAGAAUUCCUUUCCUAUAUCACAAUCUUGAUUAUGUUGACAAUCUGAAUAUGAUCUUAUCAACACACCUUGAACCCUUACAGAUAGAUAGUUUUAUUGGUGGUCAUCUACAUUGCAAACUUCACGUUUACAAAGAAGCUUGGCAUUAUUAAAUAUUUACCAGCAAAGAAAAUCUUAAGGAAUAUAUUAAUAUCAAACAGGGUAAUCA